UGUGUUGCAUUAAAAGUGGAAUCGAAACUAAACAAGUCAUCUCGCAUCAGAGGGAAAUGCAUCGCCACCUGACAAGCCUGAAAAUAUUUGUCACUUUAUUUGCAGGUCUGACCACGAGAGGACCAGAUGGAUUCGUUCAAAUGGCCUCUGUUUUUUGUGUGCUUCUGCCUUAAAGUUACUCAAACUGAAGCCUCAUCUUGGACAAUAGAUGUGCCGUCCUCAGUCAAAGGUCUCCUUGGAUCGUGUGUGGUGAUCCCCUGCUCGUUUAAAUACCCAGAUCCAGGCAAGAAGGUCACUGAAUUCACUGGGAUGUGGACCAAGGAGACACAUCAGCUCAUCUAUCACCCCGACCAGUCAAAGAUUAUCCAGGAGUAUCGGAAUCGGACAGAGCUGCUGGGAGACGUCAGACAGAAGAAAUGUACACUGAAGAUUGAUCCCCUCGAACAAAGUGACCAAGGGCCGUUUCAAUUCAGGAUUGAAAUUGCCAACUAUGAAAAGUAUUCUUACCGAGAUAACGCAGUCUCCAUCACAAUGAUUAGUGAACUAAAUCCCAUCCGUUUCUCUGCGAAAGACGAGGUAAAGGAGGGUCAAACUCAGUCUGCAUCCUGCUCUGUGUCUCACUCCUGCCCCGCCUCUCCUCCUGUCUUCAAAUGGAGUCACCCUGGCGAGGAACAUUUCCAAUCACAGCAGCUUGACGAUGGCCAGUGGACGGCGACAUCUACUCUGAGCUUUUACCCAACCAGCGCUGAUCACAACAAGCCUUUACAGUGCACCGUAACAUACAAGGGAGGGCAGCACCACAAAACAUCCAGGAUCCUCAAAGUAAUAUACGGCCCAGUGAAUGUAAAGAUUGAACACAAGCCAGACGUAAAGGAGGGAGAAGCUGUGCGGCUCAGAUGCUCCAGUGAUGCUAACCCUCCUGCCAGAAGCUAUCAGUGGCAUAAUGAAACUGGUGCUAAACUGCAUGAAGGAAACAUCUACAUGUUGCAAAAUGUCUCCAGACACACAGGAGCCCUGUACUGUACUGCUAUCAAUUCAGUAGGACAAGGCAAAUCAAACCCUGUGCAGCUCAAUGUGUUAUAUGCCCCUGAGAUUAAGAAGGCCUCUUCCUGUUCCUCAGAGGCAGAUAUAAUAAAGUGUGUGUGCAUUGUGGAGUCCAUGCCUCUCAGCAUGCCCCAGUUUGUGCUUCAUGACAGAGUGCAGCCAAGCACCACGGUAGAGAAACACGGCUCCCUUACCAUCGGGACUCUGCACGCAGAGAUUGGAUCUUCUGAUGUUGUCUACUGUGUGGCAAAAAACACGAUUGGAAAGGCCAACAUUACACUCUCUUUACCUGAUAACAAUAAGAUGCUGAAUCUUUAUAUUAUAAUCGCUUCUGGAGCAGGCGGGAUUUUGGUAAUGCUUUUAAUAACAGCGAUGGUUGUUAAGAAAUGCAGGGGGAGGUCUGAGGAAACACCAGCACCUUGUAUAAGCUCAGUGAAGGCAGAAAAAGUUGUGAAGCUCUCUCAGUAUGCUGCAACACAAAGAAAAAAAGAGAAGAGCUGUGAGGAUGUACAUUGCUCUAGCAUUUAUGCCAAUGAUCAUGUAUAUGGCAACAUGGAGACUGACUGGGAUGACGCAAUAUACGCCAAUGUGUAACAUCUUGAAUGAAUUGGAGGAACAGCUGCAGUCCCUCUCUGCGUGUUGUCCAACUGAUCAAAAAAGUCAAAAAAUAUAUAUUCAUAUGAUAUCUUCUGUAUACAUACAUGUUAUUUUUCUCCUGUAAUUCACAUUGGCCUAUAUUUUCUGAAAAAAGUUGUCUUUUCCCUAAAUGCUUGUCUGAUCAACAGUGAAAAAUCAACCUUUAAACUACUGUCAUGUUUUACUUGGAACUAUAUAAGUUGCACCUUUUGAAUUUCCUCUUUAGCAAGUAUGUUUGCUUAAUCAGUUUGACAGGAACAUAGAUAGCUGUUAAAGUUUUGAAACUCUGGCUUCCUGUUGAAUAACACUUACUGUGAAGUACGGCUAAAGUGUUAUUUUUUGUGCACUGCUAUAAAAGCAACACGGUUAACAACACAGAUGCACUGAACACAUAUGAGCACUUACAAAACAGUUGUAGUGUAAAGUAAUGUAAAAAAUCAUUUUAAUGCCAUAUUAACUGACUUAAUAAGUUUAAGAAAGCUUGCACUGUAAAUGUAUCUGUAUAUAAACACAUGCAGCCUCACA